AUGGUGCUACUCAGACUCAACAUAAAAAUCCUCCCUGUGCCGCUGUUACCAGGUGACUGCAAUCUUCCUCACACUAGGGCUACAGUGUUUAUGAUACCGAUAACCAAGCCUGAGGGGUUAUCUAUGCGUGAGUUGGCAUGCCAAAUUCGUGAAAAGUGGGCCAAGCUCCGAUCUGAAGCCGGGCCCCUUCACAUCAAAAAGCUUCUUGAUGAUAAUAACCCCUCAGUCGAUGUUGACAUGGAUCUCUCCGUUGCUGACGUCUUUGUUGACACCGGCAAGGCUCGUGCCGAUGGGCUCGAUCAGCGCGGGACUGUCCGCGUUAUCCAAAUACCUUCCCUCCUCUAUACGAGGUUAGAGUCCAUUGCGCAAGAUUGGAACGAUCCGAUGGGCUGCAAACAAGUCGCUACGGCAAACACCGCACCUCCAGUCCCUCUGUUUCAUGAAACAGCCCCAAAUAAUCCAAACUUGGACCCGCCAGCACAAAAUCUUGAAUACAGGGACCCGGAUACCUUGCGGGUUUCCAUUGAAACAGACGAACCUGGUAACGUCCAUGACGAGGAUGACAUCUUAGAUAUCACCAGCCGUCCAGCUGAAUGCCAUGGGGGAUCACCAGCGGUGCUCGACCAGACGAGCAGUCCUAACAGACCUCCGCCAAACAAACAAAUCCCACGCUUCCCAAGGGUUGUGGUUGAAAUCAGGAAUUCUAAUCCUUCGAGGAGUAAAUUAUCGGAAAACACACAAAAAGAUUCUUCGCCCGAAGUUCACCCCGUCGAAGCAUCGCAGUUCCCUCCUCGAGGCAAGCGACCUGGACUAAGCUUCGCCGAUAGUAGGAUCGUUGACAGAGCCAGAUUUCAGAUAGUAAACACAAAGAGACAACGGCGUCAGACCGUAAAAGAAGGUGCUGCACCUCCGAACGAAUUGUACUCAAAUACGGAGAAUGAGCUACCUCUAGACCGUCAACAAGAAGCGAGGAAGAAGGGGAGGAUGAAAGAAAAGAGUGAUAAAUCUGAUUCGCAUCGGCAGCCGGAAGCAUCGGGGGAAGCUCAAACUGACGACGAUGUAACGGUCAUUGAUCCUCCACCGACAAGAGCAGAAUAUACGUCCUUGCCCAAGAGGGCCGCCAAUUCCAAAAAGCAGCGUGCAUCCUCCACCACAGGUCAAAAUGGGACGAGCGCCCAAUCUAAAGUCGAGGUUAUCGACCUAACCCAAGUUCGCAGCCAGCUUACCCAAGACUUUAGCCUUGCUCCGAGUUUGGAACACCCCAGGAUAACAGGUACCGGAGCCGUCAUAUCACCAACUCAAGACUCAGAGUCAGGUGGAUCAGCACGGAAAGCAACCGAUGACACUCAGACACUUCUUCCCUUCCGAGAAACUCCAUGCUUCGAUUUUCACUCAACGUCCGAGGCCUCGGAGGGCAGUGGUGAUAAUGGCAACAAAUCUUCGCCUCCAAAGGAAGACUUCAGUAAACCAAAGACCCUGCAAAGGCGAAAUCGGCUUCCAGCUCCUCAGCCGGACUCAAAUACGGCAAAAAAGCCUGAUUGUGCAAAGAACGUGUUAUGUCCUCAGUCACCAACAAGCGCCCAAAAGUCCAACUCAACGCAAAAACGGGAUGAGUGGGUUCCGAGUGACUGGUCCGUCGAUCCCGACGAUGUGGCUUUCCCAAAAAGGCAGUUAAGAAAACCCCGUAUGCAAAACCGCCCCGAACAUGAAGUUGAACAGCAAGAAUUUCCCUCACCUGCGAGGAGGAUACGACAUUUAGAGGAAAAGGAGACGUUUGCAGGAGCUGCACACCUAAGAACCGUUGUUGAACAGCCCCAGGGAUAUCUUAACAGAGCUUUAGAGAGACAAUCUAAAGCCCCUCAGCGAUUCCAGCUUGGGAUCCAGCGGCCGGAACGAUGUAAUGCCCAAAAACAGUCCCGACCCAAUGGCCAGCCAGAAGAGCAACCCAGGCAACCCGAAAAUCCAGAAAACCGCGCCUAA